GAGACCCAAGCAGCCACCCGAUCCAAGCGCGGCGCUGAGCCCUAGCUCAGCCUCAGUAUCCCGCCGGGGCGGCAGGUGCGUGGGGCUUGAGACGAUCACAGAAUGGCUUUGCUUGGACUGUUCUCUUUGCUGCUUUUGCAAAGCCUGGCCACAGAAGCCACUUUUCCUGAUGACCCCAUUGCUGAGUUGCCGGUGCAUCUGUACCACCACCUUCGAGCCUCAGGGGAGGAGGAAAACAUUCUCUUCUCUCCGCUAAGCAUUGCUCUUGCCAUGGGAAUGAUGGAACUCGGGGCUCGUGGGUCUACUCUGAAGGAAAUCCGCCACUCCAUGGGCUACGACAGCCUGAAAGAGGGUGAAGAAUUUUCUUUCUUGAAGGAUUUUUCUAACAUGGUAACUGCUGAAGACAGUCAAUAUGUGAUGAAAAUGGCCAAUUCCCUCUUUGUGCAAAACGGGUUCCAUGUUAAUGAAGACUUUUUACAAAUGAUGAAAAAAUACUUUAAUGCAGAAGUAACUCAUGUGGACUUUAGCCAAAAUGUAGCUGUGGCCAACACCAUCAAUAAGUGGGUGGAGAAUAACACAAAUAAUCUGUUGAAAGAUCUGGUAUCCCCCAGAGACUUUGACUCUAUCACUCAUCUGGCCCUCAUCAACGCUAUCUAUUUCAAAGGGAACUGGAAGUCACAAUUUCGGCCUGAAAAUACCAGAACUUUUUCCUUCACUAAAGAUGAUGAGAGUGAAGUGCACAUCCCCAUGAUGUAUCAACAAGGAGAAUUCUAUUAUGGGGAAUUUAGUGACGGCUCCAAUGAAGCUGGUGGCAUCUACCAAGUCCUAGAAAUUCCAUAUGAAAAUGAUGAUCUGAGUAUGAUGCUGGUGCUGUCCAGACAGGAAGUUCCGCUGGCUGCUCUGGAGCCCUUGGUCAAAGCACAGCUGAUUGAAGAAUGGGCAAACUCUGUGAAGAAGCAAAAAGUGGAAGUCUACCUGCCCAGGUUCACAGUGGAACAAGAAAUUGAUUUAAAAGACAUUUUGAAGGCCCUUGGAGUAACUGAAAUUUUCAUCAAAAAUGCAAAUUUGACAGGCCUGUCUGAUAACAAAGACAUGUUUCUUUCCAAGGUGAUUCACAAAUCCUUCCUAGAGGUUAAUGAGGAAGGCUCCGAAGCAGUGGCUGCAUCAGGAAUGAUUGCAAUUAGCAGGAUGGCUGUGCUGUAUCCCCAAGUGAUCGUAGACCAUCCAUUUCUCUUCCUUAUCAGGAACAGGAGAACUGGUAUGAUCUUGUUCAUGGGCCGAGUCAUGCAUCCUGAAACAAUGAACACAAGCGGACAUGAUUUCGAGGAACUGUAAAUGGCUUCAUUUCAGUAACAAGGAAAGAUUAACAAAGCACAUUACGUCCACAGCUGGUAUAUAUAUAUACAGUUAGGAUUGGUAUCUUACCAUAUAUCUUUAGAUAAUAUUACAAAUAGCUCUAGAUAGAAAUAAAUAUAUGUGUAUUAUAAGUCAAUCUGUCAAAGGAAUGUUAUCAGUAUUAAAGACAUGGUCUUGUUCCUGUCCAUGUGUGUGUUGUGCUAUUGUGUAAAAUAAAAGUACCUAUUGAAUACGUGA